AUGCAAAACUUCACUUGCUUCACCUGCCGGUUGGUCUCCCGAUCUCGUCUCCGACAACGUUUGGUCGAGCUCCAGAAUGGCCGGCGCAGAUUGUCCUCUACUCGUCCCCUCCUGCAGGAUGCUGCCUGUGAGGUUGCUGGGUCGUGGUACUGGGAUACCAUUCCUCCCACCAAGGAGAACUUAGCUGCAGCUGCACACUUCUUCAAAAAUCACAGGCCCUCGAGGACAUGGACGGGAACGGGCUGGAAGACCUCGGAACCAUGGCGGCGCUCCUCGACGAACUCCUCGCAGCAGAACAUCCUCGUGCCAGAAGUCAUCUUCGUCGGACGAUCCAACGUUGGCAAAUCCACCUUGAUCAAUGCCCUGACCUCUUCGGAUCUCAAUCGAGUCGGGGCCACCCCUGGCAUGACCCAGGUCAUGGCUGCAUGGGCACUGGCAGCAAAAGACGACACUGGCGGAGCCAUAAAAGGGUGGGAUGGAGAUGUCACCCCAAAAGUCACGCUUGUCGAUAUGCCAGGAUACGGCUUUGGGAGCAGAUCUGAAUGGGGUGCUCAGAUUGUGUCAUACUUGAACAACCGAAGAAACCUGAGGAGAGCGUUUCUGCUCGUCGACAGCGGACACGGCGUCAUGGCUGCCGACCGUCACAUGCUGGAGAUUUUCCACAAGCUCGGGAUUCCAUUCCAGAUUGUUGCCACAAAGUGUGAUCGAUUGGGCUCAAAAGUAUCAGACGGCGACAUCCGUGAGGCCUUGACCAGGCUGCGCGGCCAGGCCGACUUCGAGGGCCAAUCGGCGUUGAUGCUGGGCGAAAUGAUCGCGGUCGGAUCGCUCGAAGACAUCUCGACAACGAAACUGGCACAUGAGAACGCACUCGGCCUUAAGAAUCUGCAAUGGGCCAUUCUCAGGGCUGCGAACCUGGAGUGGUAUGCCAUGGACAAAGCCGUGGCCCAUAAAGUCAUCAGUAAAAGCGCCUCAAGCCGUCCCAGCCCGAUCGGUGCUGAGAUAUCGCAUUUGAUUCAGGCAAAAGAGUCCGACUCUGAACCUUCACAGCCGUCAGGGACUGCAUCAAAGACCCUCCCAAAUUUGAGCCUCCAGGAGUUCAUGCGCGAGAUCUUGGGCACUGGCUCCGAGGCGAGUGCCUCAACCUCGACCGAACUCCAGGGCCACCGUGAGCCACCGAGAGUUUUUGAUACUUUGAGAAACCUCGGAGGCUCCAACCCUCAGAAGACGAACGCUCACUCAUCUCUACACGAACAACUUGAUUCCGUAUACAGAGAGUUGAAUUCGCGAGGUCGCCUAAAGCCCGAGAGUACGACUACCACUUCGGAGCAAGACGCAAGUCCGCUUGGAUUCCCGAUCCAACCAGCCUCUGGUUCCGGAUAUGCCGCUUCCAAGCGUGCCACCCCCCAGGCGCCUCUCCCAGGCAAAGCCGUCUCUCAAGGUAUCGAUGCCUUCGAAGGGAUGUUUGCGGAGCCACCUCAACCACACAAGUCGAAGAAACAACAGCAGCAGUCCCGAACACUCCACCCACGGCGCCAGACCCGAGCACCGGCAGCGUCGUCGACCUACAGCUCGUCGCAAUCGCAACCUACCACGCCCCAACCGGGCUUUGUCGGCAAAGGCGUCUCGCAGGGCUUGGAUGCCUUUGAAGCCAUGUUCGCCGACCCACCCAAGCCUUCCAAGUCGGACAAACAGAAGCAGCAUUCCCCAAGUAAACGCCGUCGUCAGACGAAAACCCGGGGUGCGACAGCUAGCAGCCAGCAAGAAUCGCAACGGCAGCCCCGCGAACAGCCUGCCCUGAUGGGCAAGGGCGUCACCCAAGGCUUCGACGCGUUCGAGUCCAUGUUCUCCGAACCCGCGUCCCGCUCGGGCGGCGGGUCGGCCUCGAGCCGGCGGAAGAGGAGGCAAUGA